UACUCACGUGUUGACAACAGAGAAGUGCAGACUGGAAGCAGCUACUGAUCAGCCAUGAGCGACAGCGAUGACGACGUUCCCACUCUGUCAGCUCACACUCUGGCCGCCCUGCAGGAGUUUUACAAUGAAACAAAGGUUGUUACGGAUCACAGCGCUGCACCCACAGACCAGUUUGCCGUGGGAGCCGUGGAGGAGGACUGGCGGAUGAGCCAGUUCUGGUACAGCGACGAGACAGCAACACAGUUAGCCGAGGAAGCGGUACGAGAGGCUGGAGAGGGAGGAAGGAUAGCAUGCCUGAGCGCGCCCAGCGUGUACCAGAAGCUGAAGCAGGGUGUGGUGGACGGUUCAGAUCGGGUGUCUGCCGUGGUGUUGGAGUACGACCGCCGCUUCGCCUCCUACGGAGAGGACUUUGUGUUCUACGACUACAACGAGCCGCUGUCUCUUCCGGACAGCGUGUCUCCUCACAGCUUCGACAUCGUCCUCGCUGACCCGCCUUACCUGUCCGAGGAGUGUCUGAGCAAAGUGACCCAAACCAUCAAAUACCUGAGCAAAGGCAAAGUGCUGCUGUGCACAGGAGCCAUCAUGGGGAAUCUGGCAAAAGAUCUCCUGGAUGUAAAAAUGUGCAGCUUUUUGCCCAAACACAACAGGAACCUGUCCAAUGAGUUCCGCUGCUUUGUCAACUACCCGUCCCGCCUGCUGUCCUGCUGAGGAGCCGGGUGUCCAUCAGAUCGACGCUUCGUUCCGAGCACAUGGAGGAGGGACGACACGUGGACGUUUUGCAGCGAAAGCCAGCCGCAAGACACGUAAUUUUAAAGGGGGAACUCCAACCAUCUCACAUGAAGAUCAGCGCUCUCUUCACGAAUACACAGAGAAUGGAAAAAGAUAAUCCCAGUGUCUCGCCGUCAUCCUGAUGUCUGGGCUUUGGUUUGAUGACUGCAAGUUUGUGAUUCAGACUGGUUGCGGGAACUUUUGAAGACAUGGACUUUAUUUCAAGACCAAAGGUUGAACAAAAAGAUGAUAAGAGGCAUUAUGGUUCAUGUAAGCUUCAGUGUUUUUCAUGGUUUAUUCAUACAAGAGACUAAAAGUUGGGUUAAUCACUGUUUUUAAAUGCUACACUGCUCGAGUAGCUUUUAAGUAAUAAAUCUGAAAGAUUACUGUUAGUUAUUUAAUCUGACUAAAUCAUGAAAGACUUUUGGUCAGGUCAGCUCUGUCAGGUGGCAAAAUGAGCGAGGAGAAGAAAAGAGUUCACGAGAAUAGAUCACCCCAGUCAGCAAACACCCAGAAGGGUGACGACUACAUCAGCUGUUUAGUAUUAAAGAGGCAAAAAAAGAGGCAGCAGGAACAACUUUUUCUUUUUCUAAACAACUUAUUUUCUAACCGCUCAGAAAGCUCAGCUGUUAAACAAUUGGGCUCUACUGGGAAACAUACAAGUGUUACUUUCUUGUACAGUUACCCAGAUAAGUGAGGUAACAGUCGUAAAUAUUUAAUGUUUGCUGUUAUUAAAGUGUCUGAAUAACAUGAAGCGUGGGCUUGUUGCUCUGAUCACCUGAGAAAGUUGUAGUUGUUGUACAGCAGCAGGUGGCAGCAUUGAUCAGCUCAUUCAGAAGUGAGGCCCUCUGUUGUUGUUUGCUUUUGUUUUGAAAGGUCUGGAUCACCUAAAUAACAACUACCUCCCUUUUUUUUUACUGCAGCUUGUCAUGCAGAGGCAAAACUAUCUGCGUUACUUGAUAUGAGAGUUGCUAAAUAAAACAUGUGCCUCUGUACUUUUGCCAGAAGCAGACCUUCAGUUUUUAUGGUGUAGUAUUUGUCAAAGUUUCAUUCAGUUUGUUGGAAAUCUGAGUGUGUUUGUCCGAUACACAGAUGGUUGUGUUUUAAUUCUGAACUCAAAGGUUUGUAUUAGUCUUGUGUCGGUCGAUCUGUCUGCUGAAGCUCUGUACGAAACUUUUCUUUUUAAGUGACAUUUCCAGAGGCUUCCGUUUCAGACAUAAUCCCUUAAACUGUUUCAAAUGUUCUAGCACGAGCGAAUCAGCUGAUUCAAACAAAAGAAAACUUCUCUGCAGCAGCAGUGCUGCUUCCGUCAUGCUUCCUUUCUUGGAGUAAAGUGCUUCCUGGCUUUAGGCUCUCUCCUCUGCAGGCUCUGGUUGCUCUUCUUCGGCCUCUUCUCCAGCAGCGGCACACAGGUGCAUCCCACGGCUAUGGAGACGUAGAUCUCGGUGUAAGAGUGGCGGCCGCCGACGCAGGAGCCUGUUCUCCUCAGGAUGACGGAGGGAGCGUAGACCAGGGUGCUGCGAUACUGACUGCUCUCCUCGCCGUACGGUCCGAUCAGGCAGCCCUUGCACAGGCAGUAGGCCUCGGGGAUGUAGCGGGGAUAUCUCUUUGGGUCGUAUGAGAUCCUGAAAAUGUAUUUAAUAUGUUCAAUGCAAUGGCAGAAACAGUUUGGUACAUCAACUGUAUAUAUAAACAAGAUAUUUUGGUUUUGUGCAUUUUCCUGGAAAAAAAAAAGAACCAUGCAAAAUUUCUUGUGACAAAAUCUGAGCUCUCAGAGAACUUCUACUGAUGUCAUCCCUCCCUUUUCCUAAUAUAUUGGAUAUUGGAUGGAGCCCCAGCUGUUAAAGGGCAGGAGGCCUUACUAGAAAAGCGAAUAGACUACAAUAGUGUACUUCAAGAAAAUUUGGGUGGCUAUACCUGCACAAAUAUAACCUUCAAGUUCAACACAAGUUUGUAAAUAAAUCCUGAACAAUCAGCAGCAUGUUUUGUAGGCUGAAGAACUAACAGAACUUUCUGGACACAAUAACUAAAAAAGGAAUCUUGGAGGAAAAUAAGGAGACAAAGGGACAAACGGAACUAAAUGCACUAAAUGCCUGUAAGAAGUUUACAGAAUGACUGCUGUAACAGGAUAACAACACAGUUUAUGCUUCCCGAGGGUCUAGAAGCAGAAGGUUUGGCCGGCAUUCGUCCCAGAGCAGAGCGUGGAAGAUGGCCCAAGAAUUUCCCAGAGUUAGAAGCCUUCUGCGGGAACAAAUAAAUGCUCCAAACAAGAACUGAAAGGCUCAACUGCUACGCAAAGUGUUUCAUAGAGCAGCUGUCAUUUUGCCAAAGGAGGUGUUAAUGCUUUGGCAGAAGAGAUCAUUGUCUCUGUUCUUUGCAGAUGGUAUUAAUAAAGCAGUCUGGCUCAGAUAUUUAAGAAAAUGUUACUGUUGACUUUAUCCAUUUACUGUCAAAGCUGUCAUGGUCACUGUUCACACCUCACCAGUUAACCUAACCCAUUUUUAGGCUGUGGGAGGAAGUCAGAGUACCCGGAGAGAGCCCAUGCACACCAGAAAAUACACUCAACAAUCAUCAGCUGUUAGAUGUUUUACUUUAAUAAACCUAGUUUUUCUAAAAGGACAAAAUCUGAUAUAUCCAGAGAGAAUGUGGGUAGAACUUAAAAGGUUGAAUUAAACAUAAGAAACCGUGUGCAUUGUUUAGUUGAGCUGCUGCGUUUCUGUCGCUUAUAUGAGAUUAACAUAGUACUUCAGU